CCGGUCCAUUUAGAAGAGUUAAAACGGUACCGUUUUAGUCCCUUAUUAGGUUUUCGUUUUCCCUCUCUUCUCUUCUCUUCUCUUCUCUUACCAAUUCGUGGUGUUCCGGUCACUCUUUCCGUUUCUCCGUCGUGUCUGGAGAUGGUGAGACUCACUGCUGACCUGAUCUGGAAAAGUCCUCAUUUCUUCAAUACCAUCAAAGAGCGUGAGUUAGAUCUGAGAGGCAACAAAAUAUCUGUAAUCGAAAAUUUAGGUGCCACAGAGGACCAAUUUGACACAGUAGAUUUAUCCGACAAUGAGAUUGUCAAAUUGGAAAACUUACCAAAUCUUAACCGAUUGGGUACACUACUCAUUAACAACAACAGGAUUACUAGAAUUAAUCCUAAUAUUGGAGAGUUCCUGCCGAAUUUACACACACUAGUUCUCACAAACAACAGGAUUGUAAACUUAGUAGAAAUUGAUCCUUUGACAUCCCUUCCAAAGCUGCAGUUCCUUAGUCUUCUUGACAACAAUAUUACAAAAAAAGUGAAUUAUAGGCUUUAUGUUAUCCACAAGCUGAAAUCCCUCCGAGUUUUGGACUUCAAGAAAGUGAAAGAUAAGGAACGUUUAGAAGCGAAAAACUUGUUUGAAUCAAAGGAAGCUAUAGAAGAAGCUCAAAACACACCAGCGCCUGUUGAAACUCCAGAUGUUUCAGAAGCUACGGAGGAACAACAGACACCCAAAGUGACUGCUCCUACUCCAGAGCAAAUUAUUGCUAUUAAGGCUGCCAUUGUUAGUUCACAGACUCUUGAAGAGGUCGCUAGACUUGAAAAGGCACUGAAGUCUGGCCAACUUCCUGCAGAUCUUAAAAGCUUGACUGAUAAUAUAAUGAUUGAUAAUGUCAAUGAAAAACAAGAUGUGGUUCCUGAUGAAUCUAAAGAUACACAAGAGCAGAGUAAUACUGAUUCUACUGCAAUGGAACAGGACUAGAGUGAGGAGCAUUGUGGGUGCACUUUAAUGUCGGGUUAUUGAAUCAAAGCAUUGGUUAUUUUUCAUGAAGUGUACUUCUCUUUUCUUAGAUGGUUUAGAAUUGGGGGUUUCAAUUCCCCUCUUGGAGAAUAGCUGCUGUUGUCGUAAACAUGUGUAUUAAAUUUAAUUGUCUUUACAACUUGAAUGAAUUGUUAGGCCCUUUUUGGCCCCUAGCCAGGAAUUUUUAGUGUACGAUAAGUAUGAAACAUUCUUCAAACUAAUACGACAUAGUCAAUUAUUUGGUUGCAUCCAUGUUCUUGGUAUAAAGA